GGUAUCUCAAUUACAUUUUUCCUUUCCUUAUCAAACUUUCGCUCCCUUAUCAAUCGUUCAUCUAUUAUCCACUCAUCUCGUGUCAUCCUCUGCACAUCAAUCUCCUCAUCCGUCCCCCGCACCCGAGCCGAAGUCCUUGGCCCGACGCACCUAGCUUGCGCCCUGCACAUCAGCAACACUCCAAGCCCCGUUUCACGAAUAACAAUUCUUGCUUCCGGUCUAAGGGAUGUUGAUACCGAUGGCCGGGCUUGGGAAUCAAGGAACAAAAAAUUAUGGUCCGAAAAUUCCGGGGUAACGGGAACGCUGAAGAUGUUAUUGGGGGUGGGCGAGUAUGAUAUACAUCGCAUGUAUAUAUGCAUAAGACGUGGUAUUUUGGUACAUAUAUGGCGUAUGUCGAGAUAUUGAGGGUGUAGGAACUGGGUUGGGAAUGUAGCCAAGUUGGCACGGUAGAAUAGACUGAAGAUGCAGGUGGCAAUGGGGCGUGAGAGUUUUGAAGUGUGUAUAAAGAUAUAAUUGUUGUAGCAAUCUAGUAGAACAGAAUUCAAAUAUCUAAAAUUCAAGCUAUCGCAUCACACUAUUCAUCAACCCAAGAACGAAAAAUCCUUCAACAUGCGUCUCUCAAUCUUCCUCCCCGCCAGCACUCUCAUCUUCACUCACCUAACAGAAGCGUGCUACUUCAACGUAUACUCCACAACCGUCGGCACCUUUAAAGCACAACAUUCCGAGCCCCUCGACCACAAUGGUGCGCCCCAGACCCUCAGUGGAAAACAUCUUACCUGUUCCUUCUCAGCCGAUCUGGCCGAUGGAUGCAUAGUAACGAUCAAGACCAAUGUUGGGUGUGGCACUUUGACUUUCGAGAGGAUUGGUACCGACUGAGCUUGACUGUAAAUUUAAGGCUAGUGUACCUGUAGGAAGUAUGGGCUUUAGUUUAAUGCUCAUGGACAGACGAGGCAGAGAUGAUGCUGAGCUGAUGAUACUGAGAGUAUGUUAGUGGACUACGAAGGCCGUAGGCGGUCAAGAGUCUUAGUCGGGCGGUGUGGAAUCAAGUUCCCAAUGAUAUGGUAACUAGCUUGAUGUACCUGCAUUCAAAGAAACUAGCUUCAACAUUUUCAGACUCGAAUAAAUCUCAUCGCAAACAGUGUACUACUCAAUUUAGCAAGACGAGAAGCAAAGCUAGUGAUCGUUA